AUGUCUUCAUGCUUCUCAUUCUUUUUGUGCAGGAGAAAGAAAAGCCAAGAUUUAAGCUAUAGAAAACCAUCCAAAAAAAAUAAAAGCAUUGAUCAAAAUACUGUAAAGCUUCAUUAUGAUUCAAAAAUAAGUACUCUAAUGGAUCAGCCGCCUAAAUUAAGAGCUUCUUUUCCAUGCCUAAACUCUUACCAUAGCACUUCUAUAGCAUCUCAUCGAUCAUCAAUAGCAGUAAAAAACUCAGCGAAAUUUCUCCCAUUAAUUCAAAGCUCAGAAAGAACAGAGACCUCGAAUUGUGAAUAUACAAUUAAUACUAACUCACAAAGAAUUUCGACAGAUUCAGCUAUAAAUGGAGUUCCACUAGCUCAAAAAUCAAGAGCUGCUACUCUUGCCAAUAUAAAUUCAGUAACUUGGUCGAAACGGUAUAGUAAUGAAAAUCCUUUGACUAAUUAUAAUUCGCCUUUUGUAUCGAACUCAGCAACACAUAAACCAAAAAUUGUUCCGACUACGCCAGAAAACUUCUUACUCCCCCCCCCCCCUCCGUGAGCGAACAAAAAAAUUUUGUUCGCUCACGGAGGGGGGUUAAUUUUUUUUUUUUAAAAAAAAUUUAUAUAUAAAAUUUUUUAUAAAAAAUAUUUUUUUCGAAAUUUAAAAAAAUCCUAAUUUGCAAAAAUUGGGAAGCAAAUAUUAAUUUAAUUUGCAAAAAUUUAUGUUUAAAACGCAAUUUGUUUAAAAUUAAACACAGAAUUAGCUCUAGAUUUCAUUAUACUAAUUAUCACUUAUAUAUCAAAAUUUUUUUCCAUUAAAAUUUUUUCUAUUAAAAAAAUUUUUGUUCACUCACGGAGGGUGGGUUUUUGGUCAAAAAAUGGCGAUUUUUCUAAUGGUUUUGUUCGCUCACGGAGGGGGGGGGGGGAGUUAAGAAGAAAACUAUUUCCGAAAAUUUCGAAUAAUAAUGAUGCUCAACUAUUUAACCAAAACUCAAAUAAACAGUUCAAUUUUGAUAUGAAUAUUGAUGAAUUUGAUGGUGAAAGCUCUAAUAGCUUACUCCCCCCCCCCCUCCGUGAGCGAACAAAACCAUUAGAAAAAUCGCCAUUUUUUGACCAAAAACCCACCCUCCGUGAGUGAACAAAAAUAUAUUUUUAAUAGAAAAAAUUUUAAUAGAAAAAAAAAUUUGCUAUAUAAGUGAUAAUUAGUAUAAUGAAAUCUAGAGCUAAUUCUGUUUAAUUUUAAACAAAUUGCGUUUUAAAACAUAAAUUUUGCAAAUUAAAUUAGUAUUUGCUUCCCAAUUUUUGCAAAUUAGGAUUUUUUUUAAAUUUCGAAAAAAAUAUUUUUUUAUAAAUUUUUAUAUAUAAAUUGUUUUAAAAAAAAAAAUUAACCCCCCUCCGUGAGUGAACAAAAAUUUUUUUUGUUCGCUCACGGAGGGGGGGGGGGAGUUAGUUAAUUUAUAA